UGGUCUCCCCUCAGCUUUCCCGCCUUUUUUUCUUUCCCGCCCUUUUUCGCCCCCCUCGUUCCCCACAGCCCUCAAAGGGAGAGGGAAAGGGAAGGGGAGAGGUCCCCAACAUGGAAUGGUUCCAUUGCAACCGCUGCUUCCGCCAAGACGGAGCCGCCUUCGCCGUCACCAGCUGCGGCCACGUCCUCUGUGCCGCUUGUGGGGCGGCAGGUCCGUGUCCCGUCUGCGGCGCCGCCUGCCGCUACCUGCCCGUCUCCGACAAGAUGCUCCCUCAGGAGAAGCUCUUCUUCCGGAGCCCGGCGGCCAUCGCCCUCAAGCACUUGGCUCACCUGGCGCAGGUGUGGCGGUUCCAGCGGGCACAGGCGCAGCUGCUCCUGGCGUGGCACAAGGACGGCGCUCGCCGCGCCCGGCAGGCGCUGGAGGCCACGCGACGCACCCUCGACGCCCGGCAGCGGGAGCUGGAGGCGCUUCAGCGAGAGAACGCGGAGCUGCGCCACGCUCAGCUGUCUCCGGUCUGGCGCGGGGCAGCAGGACCAACCUCCCCCGGCCCGUUGGCGUCACCUCCCCGGCGCAAACAGGUUUAACGACACCCCCUAAACAUUUCCCGCUCCCCUUUUUUUGCUUCGUUUUCACCCCAAAAACGCCUCUCGGCCUCCCAGUCGCCCCCCCAGCCCCGGCGGCAGCUCAGCGGGCAAGUGGUGAGGUAAGAGGGGGGGCUCCCUCCAUCUUGUGGGGCGCCCCACGGGGCCAUGGGGGGCGCCAGGGCGCUCAUGGCGGCCCUCACGCAGCCGCAACGCCGCGACGGAGACGCCGCCGUCCGCCAGCGCGGGUGAGAGAACCCCAAAGCUGCGCCCCAGGGACACAUCAAGCCACGCCCCCUUGGCUCCCCAAGCCCCAUAGCGGGACCCCAGCCCCAUAGAAUGGCGACUCAGCCCCAUAGCGUGGCCCUCAGCCCCAUAGAAUGGUGACUCAGCUCCAUAGCGUGGCCCUCAGCC